GGGGCUCCGGUCGUUGGGGCCGUUGGGCGGCUCGAGGCGGGCCGGGGAGCCGGUGCGCGGCGUGCGGGGCGGGCCGCCCCGCGGCGGCGGCGGCGGCGGCGGCGGCCGGGAGCGGCUCUGGUCAGGAGGCGCGGCGGAGCCUGGGCGGCGGCGCGUCCCGCCCGAGGGCGGCUCUGGCUGAGGGCGGAGGAGCCGGUGGAGCGCCCGGGGCAGCGGCUGAGGCGGGACGGCGGCGGCGGGGGCCGCUGCCCCCGGAAGAGCCGGCCGAGAUGCUGGCGGAAAACCUAGUGGAGGAGUUUGAGAUGAAGGAGGACGAGCCGUGGUACGACCACCAGGACCUCCAGCAAGAUCUCCAACUUGCUGCUGAACUUGGGAAGACAUUACUGGAUCGGAACACAGAGUUAGAAGAUUCUCUUCAGCAGAUGUACACAACCAAUCAGGAGCAGUUACAGGAAAUUGAGUAUCUGACCAAGCAGGUGGAGCUUCUACGGCAGAUGAAUGAACAGCAUGCAAAGGUUUAUGAGCAAUUAGAUGUCACAGCAAGGGAACUGGAAGAAACAAAUCAAAAGCUAGUUGCUGACAGCAAGGCCUCACAGCAAAAGAUUGUGAGUCUGACUGAAACAAUCGAAUGUCUACAAACCAACAUUGAUCACCUCCAGAGCCAGGUGGAGGAGUUGAAGUCAUCUGGCCAAAGAAGGAGGAGCCAGGGAAAAUGUGACCAGGAGAAACCGGCACCCAGCUUCUCAUGUCUGAAGGAACUGUAUGAUCUCCGCCAACACUUUGUGUAUGAUCAUGUGUUUGCUGAGAAGAUCACUUCCUUGCAAAGUCAGCAAAGCCCUGAUGAAGAAGAAAAUGAGCAUUUGAAGAAAACAGUGACGAUGUUACAGGCCCAGCUGAGCCUGGAGCGGCAAAAGCGGGUGACCAUGGAGGAGGAAUAUGGGCUUGUGCUCAAGGAGAACAGUGAGCUGGAACAGCAGCUGGGAGCCACUGACGCCUACCGAGCGCGGGCGCUGGAAUUGGAGGCUGAGGUGGCAGAGAUGCGGCAGAUGCUGCAGUCAGAGCAUCCUUUUGUGAAUGGGGUUGAGAAGCUUGUGCCAGACUCUCUGUUCAUCCCUUUCAAAGAACACAGCCAGAGCCUGCUGGAGGAGAUGUUCCUGCCUGUGUCGGAAGCACACAGAAAGCCUCUCAAGCGCAGCAGCAGUGAGACAGUGCUAAGCAGCUUGGCAGGGGGGGACAUCGUGAGGGGUCACGAGGAGACCUGCAUUCGGAGGGCCAAGGCUGUGAAGCAGAGAGGCAUCUCCCUUCUGCAUGAAGUGGACACUCAGUAUAGCGCCCUGAAGGUAAAGUAUGAGGAGCUGCUGAGGAAGUGCCAGCAGGAAGAGGACUCCCUGUCCCACAAGGCCGUGCAGACCUCCAGGGCACUGGCCAAAGAGACCCAGCCUGAGCCCGACACCAGCAGCUGGGAGCCAGCCUCUGCUACCCCAGAGCCUGUCAGUUCCCCCACCACCACCACACCUCCAGAAUAUAAAGCGCUUUUUAAGGAGAUCUUUAGUUGCAUCAAGAAAACUAAGCAAGAAAUAGAUGAACAGAGAACAAAAUACCGAUCUCUUUCCUCUCAUUCCUAAUUCAACCUCCAGCUCUACUACUAAUUUGCCGAUUUCUUUUCACCUCUCUCUCCAACUCCGACAAGUGUUUGUAAACCCCGCAGCCUAAUAUUACUCAUGAUGUUUGCCUCGUAGCUUUGCUUAUUUAGCAGCUGCGAACAGCAGCAGGGAAAGAAGGUGGCUGCUGGUGUCUGUUCUGUAAUCCAGAUCUGUUUAAACUCCUCAGGAAAUCCCAUGACAACUGGCCUCUGGCUGGCGCGCUUAGGUUGUGAUUCCUUGAAAAGCCCCAGAACCAGUGGAGGGAUAGAUCCAUGCUCCUAGGGAAGUAGGCCUGGAGUUACUAUAGUGUAUAGUAUAUAGAGGUUGUAUAAUGCAGAGGAGCAAAAGGGCAGAGUUGAAACAAAAUUAAGGCAACUUUUGCUCCUCCUUCUCAAAACCAUAGAAGUCAGAUGGCUGCCAAACUGAAGUAGCUUUCACAAACACUGUUGGAUACUGUGAAUUCAUUAAGAAAGAAUGUCCAGGAGAAAGCAGGGGUCUAAUCCAGAAUAAAUGGCAUUGACAAAUACUUCAGGCCUUGUGUUUUGUUCCAUCCACUAGUAGUUGAGCUGUGACUGACAAGUCAUAAUGUGUCUAAAUCCAACCAAUGCCGAACUGAAAAGGCAAGCUCCGGUUUGACCACAGUUAGCUUAUUAGCAGAGGCCCUAGAGGGCCUUCCCCACCCCCAACCCCCCACCUCCAGAUGGUUUUCCUCAAAGCUGUAGUGGUUAGCAGAGGCAGAUGUGUAAAUCUUUCAUUCCUAAAGUCAAAAUAAAGCAGCAAGAUCCAAGCCCUCACUCCUACCAUGUUGUUCAAGCUGGCUCAGCUGACAGCCACAAGCUACCCUUGUUCAGUUCCUGUCGUUCCUGGAAAUGUUUGUGACUUGUGCAGAAUUCGUGUCUGCUACCUUAAUUACUAAACAGUAUUAUUCUGUGGGAAUCUACUCAUCCUCUCACUUGCAUACUUUUAAUUUAAAACUAUUUAAGAGAAUUGAAAUUCCAGUUAUUGUAUAUAUUUUUCUAAAAACCAAAUAAAACUACCUAUGAAAAUGAACAAAUGGAUCACUUAUUUUAAGCUGAAGCCAUCUUACUGUUAUAACCAACUUUCCAUUUUUUUUAUUCCAACAGAUAACUCAGAUUUGACCAUGAUUUUUUGGAGCUAUUUUUUCCCCCUUUCUUUGGGAUCGUGUUAAUGUAUUCAGUAGAAUAACUAUAUGAUUGAAAAAUAUGUUCUUAAAGAUUUUGUUUGAGAGAAGGAGAGAGCAUGAGUGGUGGGGAG